UUUCUACCUUCAAUUCUUUCUUGCUUUCAUUCAAAGCAACACACACAAACAGAGUUUUUUAGUCUUAGUCUCUUAGAAAACAGGGGCAACCUGAACUUAAGAACACAACCAUGGCAAGGAACAUGAAUGUUCUCCUCCUUGCGCUUCUUGCAGCAACCACCUUGUUCCACACCUCAUCAGCUCAGACCAGACACGUUGUGGGUGAUUCCACCGGCUGGACCAUCCCUACCGGCGGCGCUUCAUUCUACACCAACUGGGCUGCCAACAAAACCUUCUCCGUCGGCGACACUCUCGUGUUCAACUUUGCCAAUGGUCAACACAAUGUUGCCAAGGUUACAAAGUCAGCUUUUGAUUCUUGCAGCGGUUCAAGCCCUGUUACUCUAAUCAGCACCGGUCCGGCGACCGUGACCCUUACCGAGACAGGGGUGCAGCACUUCAUCUGCGCCUUUGGAGGACACUGUUCCGCUGGUCAGAAGCUUGCGGUUACCGUUGUUGCCGGAAAAGCUUCUAACAACGCUCCCGCUCCUGUCCCUGCUCCUAAGUCCAGCCCUGUCCCUGCUCCUAAAUCCAGUCCUGUCUCAGCUCCGGCACCGGCACCAGCCACCACCGCCACUCCUCCAUCAAGCGCUGCCGUCCCUGAAUCUGCUCCUUCUCCAGCUCCGUCAAGUGGAGCAGUUACUUACACUGUUGGAGACACCAUAGGGUGGACAGUUCCUACCAAUGGUGCUUCUGCUUACCGAACAUGGGCUUCUGGCAAAACCUUCAAGGUUGGAGACAUUCUAGUGUUCAACUACGCAGCAAGUGCACACAACGUAGAGGAAGUGACAAAGCAAAAGUAUGAUUCUUGCAACUCAACAUCUCCAAUCGCAACUUACACCACCCCACCUGUGAGAGUUACCAUUAAGAAGACCGGUGCUCAUUACUUCAUCUGCGGCGUUCCCGGCCACUGCCUCGGCGGUCAAAAGCUCUCCAUCAAUGUCACCGGUGGCAGCAGCACCGCCACUCCUCCUUCAUCUGCCUCUCCUUCACCUUCACCAUCAUCAUCCACCACUCCUCCUCAGGACUCCGCCGCCGGUUCUCUCGGAGCUGCCGGAGUGUUUGCCAGCACGGUGAUGACAAUCACCGCGGUUUUUUUCUUCUAGAGAGAUGAGAGAUCGUAGCUAGAAUUGAUUGUUGUGUGAUUCAUUUUGUUGCUCUGUUUGUAUUUUCAUCAUCACAGAUUCAGUUCUUUUUUGUGGUUAUACAUUUUACAAUAAAUUUUGAUUUUUCAGUUCAA